AUGCAAGAGAAGCGUCCUCAGCUGCAGCAGCACGAUGGUGCCGGCCUGCGCAUCGGCAUCGUGCACGCGCGCUGGAACGCCGGGAUCAUCGACCCGCUGUUGGAGGGCACUCGCGCCAAGCUGCUAGCGAGUGGCGUGGCCGCUGCCGACAUUGUGGUCGAGACUGUGCCAGGCGCAUGGGAGCUGCCGGUGGCCGUCCAGAGACUCUACUCUGCGUCCCAGAUCCAGGCAGCCUCCUCGGCUGGCCCGGACCUCUCGGCUGGCGAUCUGCUGGGCGGCAGCACAUCCGACCUGGCGGCCGCGUCCAAGCCGUCGCCGGACGCACCCUCGACCAAGCCGUUUGACGCGCUCAUCGCCAUCGGCGUGCUCAUCAAGGGCGAGACGAUGCACUUUGAAUACAUUGCUGACAGCGUGUCGCAGGGUCUGAUGCGCGUGCAGCUGGACAUUGGCGUGCCCGUCAUCUUCGGCCUGCUGACCGUGCUGAACGAGCAGCAGGGACUGGCCCGCGCCGGCGUCGUCGACGGCAGCCACAACCACGGCGAGGACUGGGGCUCGGCUGCCGUCGAGAUGGCCGUCAAGCGCCGGGCAUGGCAGGCAGGACAGCUCUGA